AUGCUGGUGACCUUGAUGGCCGCCAUCGCCGCUACCUUCAACGCUCUGUACAGACCCAAGACAGCGAAAGCCCGCCGGCACCGACGCCAAGACCGGUCCCGAAAGCCCCAGGCCCUCGCAUGGCAGCCCUGGUCCCGCCCGCAGCAGCCCGCCGGGGAUCUCGAGUCGGGAGGACGAGUGCGGGUGGGGCCACGCCCUGUCGAUAGCCGUUCGCCUCCGCCCUACGAUGCUCAAAAGCCGCCGAGGUGGCAGCACAUACGUCGGUGGCAGCUGGGCGUCGCCAGCGAUACUGAAACCGCGGCUGUUGACGAUGCCAACCGGGAUGGUGUUCGCCUCACGCCCGUGCCGCCCGCCCGACUGUCAGGGCCGCGGGGGUGGAGCUCGGUUUGA